AUGACCUGGACCAGUUCAUGUGGUCUCAAAACCUGGGAUUAUAUCUGCCUUGACGAGCAGAAGAUGCCCGUUGCGAAGUUUUCUGCAAAUAUCUGGGGCCUGAAGAAAGUUGGUUACAUCACUUUCAUGGGAUCCAGUACACCCGGUGCCCACACUGCUGGCGGCAACGUCAGCGACGCGUCGAUCCGCUCUCGCUACUCGAGUGCUUUAUGGGAGCGGACUGCCUUUGUCUUUCUGUUUGUAGCGAAUGGCAUCAAGAUAUCCACCAAAUUUCGCAUCCCAGCGGAAACAACAAUUUUCAUGGUUAUUUUCGCGGGAGUAGUCUAUAUGUUUGAGACACACAACGUCCUGAGAGCUUGCCAGACUUCAUAUAUCGAUUCGCCGUCGUUUUGA